AUGGAAAGAGCAUCACCGAUUCUUAAGAGACACUCGUCGCCUUUGGAGACGCAGGCUAACCGGCGGAACAGGCUGUCAUUUGUAUGUCAGGCUUGCCGGCGUGGAAAGACUAAAUGCGAUCGAGAAAAGCCCAGUUGCUCGCGAUGCCUCAAACAGGGCAUCGAAUGCGUGUACGACGUUGAGCGACAAACCCCACCGAAACACCCAAAUAAGGAUGCUACCAUUGCAAGAUUGAAGCGGGAAAUAGAAUACUGGCAAACCAGGGCUCUAAAAGAGACUAUGAACGGCAAUUCCAGCUCGCAAAACGAUGGCAUCAAACCAGAUCCGUCUCCGGUGACAACGACGCUUCCCGUGGCAUACCCGCCAAGAGCAACAUUCACUUCGGGCCGUUUCAAAGGCCUGUGCGACGUCAUGAUAGAUCUACGACAAUUUCAGCCCAAUUUGAUCAUCACGCAAAAUACAAGCCGAGAUGUGAAGCCCUCGUCAGAUAUGGCCCAGGUUCGUCAGGACAGCUUUUUGGCGAUUUUCUUCGCCUCAUUCUUCGCAGCCGCAUCUGAAAACACACUGAUUAACUCGAUUUCCUCGAAUGACGGUGUGCCCUACGCUAAACGCCUGAACUUGAGAUCCGAUCUCAUGAGUUUGCAGGAUCGCAUGCUUCGCAAAUGUACGAAUCCCGUACAACAGGCUCGAGUGACGAGCUUCUCGGAAAGAAUCAUGCAGGAAUUAGGAGGCUCUCGAGAUGUGCGAAACGGUAUUUUUUUGAAUCUUCUAAACUCCAAAAUGUCUAGAAACUUGAUAGAAGACGUCAGUGCCGAUGAAAACGUCUAUUCUUUGGCUCUGAGCCAGUUGAUCAAAAAAAUGGAGGACCAACUUCCUCCUUAUCCGGUUCUUAUGGCGUACAGGUCUCACUUUUUCAUGUGCGUUUUCCCACAUCUCCCCUUUGUGGAUCGAGGCAUCUUUGAGGAAGCCUUGGAAAACGUUAUAACGAUAAACCCCCAGAGCCCUCAAAAAAUAAAACUGAGACUUGGAAAACAAAAUCUCCGACUAAAGGUCGAAAAUUUGGCCAUUCUCAUGGUGAUGAUCGGGAUUUCUUAUAACUCGAUGAAAUUUGAGCUGGGAAUGUCGUCCACUUUAAAGCCAGCUUUUUAUGAUACAAUGGCAAACCAAGCUUUGAUAAAUCAACAUCCUAUAACAGAUGAGACAAUACUGCUAUCCCAACAAUGCAUUGCAGCACUCGAUUUUAUGAACUCUACUACAGAGAACACCAUUUGUUGUCUUCUGUACCUAUGGACGUUUUACGCCUUCUCACCAGAGGAGGGAGAUUUCUACUAUGGGCAACCCACCGAAUUUGUGCUGGGUAUGACGUCGAUUCUCGCUACUAACAUAGGUCUACAUCGGGAUCCGCUACAAUUCCGUCAGUUCCAGGACGAUUCCGCGGUCGAUAAAAGGCUUGUGAACUAUCGAAGAAUUUUAUGGAUGGGUCUCAGAACCAUUUUAAAUUCAGAGUCGGCCUUGAAAGGAAGGUGUCCGAGAUCCAUCAAAGACUCCAUCUGCUCCUCAAACUUCGACUAUUCAUCGCCGACAUAUAUGAGUCAAAUGGUCAGAGAUUCGGUAGAUUUUGGUGAAGAUCACAAGAAAAUGUACGCCCAGACAUUUACAAAACAAAGAACAUACGAUCUGCUGUCUCGCUUUGAGAGAAUUUGGUCUUCUUCACAUGGCGAGAUAGCUCUCAGUUCCAUAGAUACUUUGGUACAAGACGUGGAAGAUCAUAUUGACAAGCUGUCUGGUCUUGUUGAACUCGACUAUGGAAAGAAAUCCUUUCUUAACAAAACUGUGUUCAGCGAGCAGGACAGACAGAAAAUUUUUGCUGAGGCCACCGAAAAAGCUUCAAACUUUCAGGCCUAUAUUAUAGCGCAGCUAAUUCUAACAAGGACUUCGUUCACCUUUUUCAUCUAUUUUGAAACGAAAUGCAAGGAAUCCUAUCAGGAAUUUUACCCUUUUUAUGAGACCUUCUUCGUUAAUGUGAUACAAAGGUUUUUGAAACUGAGUGAAGUUUACUGUCAGUAUUAUAGCGGAGAGCUAGCCGAAAGUUUUAUCCCAUCAGCCUCGUUUGUAAUUGACAAAGCUAUGCAAAUGAGUAUGGGCACCAUUUUUUACACGGCUGUCGCGAUGAUGUUGAGGCUUACUCAUGCAAUUGAAAUCAUCCAAGACAGGAUUGCUCGUGAAAAGUACUUUCAAGAUAAGAGCACGGAAACAACAGUGUACGAACUUACUAAGAAAUUGGAAAUUCUAAACGCCAUCAACAACAGGUUUGAGAUGAUUUUUGACAGACUGUGUCAUUUAUCAACUAAUCAUCUCCGAUUGACAUUUUUCUCAGCAUUCAAGAUGUUGCUGUUUUUUGAUCAUAUUCUACAACUAGUCAAGAAGAAAGAGAUGACCAAGACGAUGCGUCAACUAGCAAAAUUAGACCUAACCGAAAAAACCAAGAGAAACCUUUUCUGUGGGUUUGGGUUCGACGUUAAAAAGACAAGUCAAAUGUUCAACGAUUUGAGGGAUACAGUAUCGUUGUCCAGACUAAAACCGGACGUUCUACGGGAUAUACAGCAUAGCAUUGAUCGUAUUGGUGCUUUUCAACUUCGUCCUGACGAUAAAUACUCUGCGAGCUCAAAUUCAAAGGACGUCAUGCAUGAUGGUAUACAUCACUUUAAUAACGGAUCUCACGCUGUGAAUAUGACCCCAUCGUCGUCUUUAGGGCAAUUGAAUGAUGGUCAGGAUCCUGGUGAUUGUAUGCCUUUACCUUUCAAUUCUGAACUCGACUUCAACCACAUUGAGUUGUUUGACUUCGACUUUGAUUUCCUUCUUGGGGGUAUGUGA